UUUUCAGAAUGACUGACAGGCUACAUGAAAAGGAUGUUCCAACUCUUACCACCUCCCAGUGCUAACACCAUGCUCCAUGUAUUUGUGGGCUGCUAUUCCAUUUGGUUUAUCGCUUCCCUGUUGUAGUCCAUAAUUCACAGCCAGCAUGGAGGAGAGCAAGCUCAUUUUCAGCCUGGACCCCAGUGAUGAAGGGCCGUCUGUGGCCUUUUCCAAAGACAAACCACAGGCCAUGGAGAGCCGGCCAGACCUCAGCCUGGGGAUCGAUUUGGAUUUAAGUCAAGGCCAUCGCUGUCAGCCCCCACACCUGACACACUCCCCCUCAUCUCCAGGUUCUCUAGCUGAUCUGUCAGCAUCAUCAGAAGCCUUGCUCAUGACCACCAACUUGGUAAAAUCCUCCUCGUCAGACCUGGAGCCGAGGGAGAGCAGCUCUCUAAAAGGCAAACCUCUGCUCAGCCUCGUCAAGUCACUGAGCACAGAGAUCUCCCGUCGAGUUGAGCCAGAGGUCAACCUCUCUAAAUCUGACUCCAAGCUCCAUUUGCAUCCCUGGAAGCAGCUUACCCAACAAAAGAUCCCUGAGGCCAGACCUGAAGAAGGACUGAAUGAAAACAACAACUGGGGACCACCUCCUUCAACAGGGAGCAUGUCUCCCACUGAAUCCCGGGGUAGCUCACUGAUCGCUGAGCUGGAGGACACGCGCAGGAAAUUUUCCGAGGCCAUGCAGGAUCCACUGAGUAUGUUCAGCAAGAUCAUGGGAGAUGAGAGCCCCAAACAGGGGAGGGCUUCUACCACUGGAGAUUCACCAACCUCCCAAGGCAGCGGUGGGAGAGAGGGGGGCAGUGAAGACAGUUCAGCAGACCUUAAGUGCCGUAGAAGGGUGGAUGGUGAGCACAGAGGUGUGUGUGACACGCCUGUGAGAAAACGGCAGAGGAGGACAUUGAUAAAAUCCUCUGUCCCGUCGGAACUCCCCACCCAAAGCACAGACAGCCAUUAUGAAAUCCGCACCUAUGGAGACAUGAUUCAGGUGGUGGAGCUCCAGAAUGCAUCCAGAGUGACACAACGCAGAACUCAGAGCAUGCUCCCAGGCUCACCACUGCCUCUCCACUGGCUCUUACCUGUAGGACUUUUGGCGUAUGGCUUCUUUGUUUUGCCCCUGCCCUCAUACAUGACAGGUCUGUCUGUGGGGGUUGCAUGUGGUUUUAUGUUGGGCCUAAUGGUGAUGUUUAUGUUUGCCCCUCGACGCUCAGCUACCAGAUACAGACAGGGUGUUCAUUUCAGCAAGACUGCAGCUCUGAACUCUAACCCCCUGGACACAGGUGCAGACAUCCUGAAGGGUUGGAUGAAUGAGACACAUUGCUACGACCCGGAGACUUUCCACCCUUCCACCACACACUCCGUCUAUGUCACCCUGGAUGGGAGCCAGCUGCAUCUUGCAUACCCACGUGCAAACAUUUCCCGCUGGGCUGCGUUCAGCGAGCCGCCCCAUGAAGCCGUGUUUUUGCACUCACGUAUCUACCAGCUGGCUAACUGUAAGGUGUCUCUUUUGCCUCCUGGUUUGGCCCGCAAGAGAAUAUGGAACAAGAAAUACCCCAUCUGUAUCGUUCUGGCAGAUGGGGAGGUUGGGGAGGACGGUCUGCUGGAAGGACAGGAGGGGGAAGAAACAGUAGAAAAGCAGUCUGUCCUAGACCACCACCUUCCUGUGACCCUCUACCUGUUUGGCCGCACUGGAAGAGAGAAAGAGGAGUGGUUUCAACAUUUCCUCUUGGCGUCCAGGGCUGGUGCUAAGAGUGGUGUAAAUGAUGAGGGCAAUACAGAUACACUAUGUGGCGGAGAUGCAGCCAAAGAAACCUCAGAAGAGAUGCCAGAGUUACCAGGAGCUAUGAAAACAAGAACGUUACUGGACUACAGCACCUACAUGAUUCAGCUGAUCGGUUCAGAGAGUUGUGAUCCCACCCCCAGCCCCUGCCACAGUGACAAAGGCAGCCCCACGACAUGCAAGAAGAUUCAUACUGAAGAGGGUUCCUCUGGAGGUCAACCUAGAGCUGAGGCCGGUGCAGCCUCUGGAGCUGGUGGAUGCUCUGCAGAGACCCAGCCCGCCUGGGUCAACUCUCUGGUGGGCAGGAUCUUCUGGGACUUCCUCAGAGAAAAGUACUGGACCGAUCAGGUCGCACACAAGAUUCAGAAGAAACUCAGCAAGAUUAAGUUGCCAUACUUCAUGAAUGAGCUGACUCUGGCUGAUCUGGACAUGGGCACUUGUUUACCUCAGGUCCUCAGCACAUCCAAACCUACACUAGACAGAAGAGGCCUGUGGCUGGAGCUGGAGGUGAUGUACACAGGGUGCCUUCAGAUGACCCUGGAGACCAAGAUGAACCUGUGUAAGCUGGGUGAAGUCCAGACAGAGAGCUUUGAAGAAACCCAACAAGUGGGAGCUAAACCCAGGCUGUGUGUAUUGGCUGAUAGUGAUGAGGAGUCAUCAAGUGCAGGGUCAUCUGAUGAAGAAGAAGUACCACCACCUGAGCCACAGGGGCCUCUGUCAGAUAAGAGCACAGCGGUAGCAGCUGAUGGACACAGUGGAGGCAGCACAAGUAGGAAGAUCCUGAGAUUUGUGGAUAAAAUAGCCAAAUCUAAGUACUUCCAGAAGGCUACAGAGAAUCAGUACAUCAGAAAGAAGAUAGCGGAGGUGUCUAACAUGCCUCUGAUGCUCAGCGUUGAGGUCCAGGAACUGUCUGGGACUCUGACCAUCAACAUCCCUCCUCCUCCGACAGACAGGAUAUGGUACAGUUUCUGUGUGCCUCCCCGACUAGACCUACAUGUUCGGCCCAUGCUCGGGGAGAGGGAGGUGACGUUCACCCAUGUCACUGAGUGGAUUGAAAAAAAACUGCAGUGUGAGUUCCAGAAAGUGUUUGUAAUGCCGAACAUGGAUGAUCUCUAUCUGCCACUGAUGACUUCUGGCUUGGAUAACCCACCUGCAUCCCACCACUCCUCUGUCCAGUCCACAUCUCAACAGUCGUCGAUGGAGUCCCAGGAUUACCUGUCUGAGUAACACAUCCAUAAGGGGAGAUGCUGGAUUAUCUUAGUGCAAAAAAGCCCAGUAUGCAACUGUUGCCAUGGAUUUGUUAUGAAUUUAUUGGGUGUUGCACAGAGGCACCUGCCACAUGCUUGGUGUGUUCAUCAUAAUUAGUGGAGGACAAAUGCUCCUGGUGGCUCAUGUAAGUAUGGUGCUACACUGCCCCCUACUGUGCAGAGCUGUGAACUCUGUCUCAGAUGUUGGAAGCAGGUUUUCCAAAAGGGCAAAAAUACUGUUUAAUGCCAAAACUGACGAAGGUGCAUGAUUAAAACCUGGACAUCUUCACAGCACAAGAGAAAAGAAGAUGAUCAGUGUUUUGUUUUUUGUUUUGUUUUUUAUGUCAGAAUAAACUAUCCAUCUCUCCAUCCAUUUCUUGACCUCUUUGCAAAUUUGUAGCAUCUGGAAAAUAAUCAAAUGUGACAGCUAAUCUUGUAAAAUCAAGUUAACUCAGUGCAUGUGAUCUCUGAACAAUGUAAAUUCCCUUGUGGAUUUAUCAGAGGACAAUAAAACACAAUGAACAUG